GGUGUAUGUGAGUUCGAUGUUUGCUUUCUUGUUCGUUGCUUUCUCCAUAUAAAUAUAGAGUGCAACCGAAGCAGCGCUUCAGAUCUACAAAGUACAUCAAAUAUUGUGCAGUGCUUCCGCCGAACAAUUUGGGAUUACGGAUUAUUUAUCCUUUUAACAAGUGUUGUGGUGAAAAAAGAAGAAGAAAAUAAGAACCAAUUGAAAUUAAAUUAAAAAAAAACGGUGCACAUUUUUUUUUAGAUCCGAAGUGAGAACAACAAAUAUUAUUACGAAUAUGGAAUUGCGAAUUGUGCUGCUGGCGGCUUUAUUUAUAGUUAUCAUAACCAUUAGUACAUCAGAAGCUGGCUAUCACAAAAAGAAAAUAAUAAUUCAUGUACCGGUAAAAAAAUCGCAUCAUAAACAUACACAUACGCAAGUCAAGAAUAUUCAUCAUCAUCACAAGCCCAUUGUUAUAAAAGAGGAAAAAGUAAUCAAAGAAAUUGUCAAGAAACAACCGGUUCCAAUAAAAAUUAAAGAGGAAGUAUCACACGAUCAUUUCCAUCAUCAUUACAAACAUACGCAUCCCGAACAGGUUACGAAAGUGGUAAAAGGGCACAAAUGGCUGUCGGAGAGCACUGAAGGCGGUUUUGGUGGCACACGUUUUGGCAAUUCGGGAAACGGAAAUUUUGGUGAAAACAGCGGUUUCGGUGGCGGAAAUGGUUUUAAUGGUGGUGGUGGCGGCGGCGGCAGCAGCAGUUUCAACAGUUUUGGUGGCAGCGGUUUCGGUGGCAACGGUUUUGCCAGCAGUACCAGUUACAGUAGCACAAAUUUUGGUUCAAGUGCGUCAAGUGGCCAAGGUGGCAGUUUUGAAUACAAUAACUUCCGUGGGGGACGAAAGGUAGCCACAGCAUCACAAGCCGCAACGCUCAGUGGAGAAGGAUUUUAAAUCUCGUUUCAUUUUUAAGUAAAAAGUUUUAUUCAAAUGAGAUUGUAUGGAGCUGUAUGUACAGUUUGUAUUUUAUACUUGAAUUUAAGAAGAAGAAAAAAUGGCGAUUUUCUAUUACAAACACUCGCCCGCAUCGAUCAAAAAAAAAUUGAACAAUUCCAGUUCAUUUGUAUUGAUCGCUUGAAUGUACAGGUUUUUUUGGCUGCGGUUGUUUAUUCUGUAAAAUAUUUUAUUCUAUUGGAUGGAAUUAACCGUUCCAUACAGUCUCAUUCUUUCUUUUAUUUCUCUUAGAAACAAUCGAUAGAUUUAAGUGGGCUUAAAAUGUUCGGUUACAUUUCAUUUUGGGAAUAUUUAAAAUUAAAUAAAUGAAAAUCACAGAAUUUCAGAAACAGGCUGAGAACAUUCGAUUAAAUAAUUUAUUUUGUCUGGCCAAACUAUUAGAGAUGUAUAAUGCAAAAUAAAUGCUCAACGUUGGUUUCAUAUUUCAUUCCUAAUAUUUGGCCCGGAAGUGCAAACAUAUCUUACCAAACCAAAUGACGAUAAACAUUUAUGCUAAUUAUCAGAUGUGUAAUAAAUUAUAAAUUGACAUUUAUUUACUAAA